GGUUCAGACUCAACUUUGACCAAGUGUAGAAACGAAACUUAACUGUAAGACGGAUCUGAAAGUGCUCUGAAGGCCGACAAAGGUCUGUGUCUCUCUACUGACGUCGCCCUCCUGAACUCCUCACCUGCUCUGGUCUGCAUUACCUUCAACAUCAGUUCCUGGUCUUGGUCAUGGAUGACUUUGUUCGUAACAAACUGACUGAAUGGGAUCUUAGUGACUUCAUUGAUAGAUUUGAAGAUGAAGGCAUUGACAAGGAAAGUCUGUAUUAUCUUGAUGAUCAAGAAAUUAAAAACUUGAUCACAAAAACGGGACCAAGAGUCAAAUUCAAGGAAAAACUCCAGAGGUUAAAGGAAGAACAAAGCUCAAAUCAGGAAGCAGCUGAUGUUCCUGUUCCAAGUCAACAUGAGCAACAAGCUGAUUCAGCUCAGGUUUUGCCAUCCACAAGUGCUACAGGAAAGAGAAAGUUGGAUUUUCAAGGAGAAUCCAGCAAAUGGCAGCAACCAAAGAAACGACAGCGUGACACUAUAUCACAGUCAUACACAGAAUCAAUCAUACUGUCUGAUGUGAAGAACAUAAUGGGAUGUGUCCUUGCAAGACUACACAGCCAAGACAACACAAAGCUCAAUGCGUUCCUGAAGAAUAAAAUCUGUGAUUUGGAGCAAGACAAGAGGGAACUGAUCGGUGUCUUUGGUAAAACUGGGGCUGGAAAGAGCUCUCUGAUAAACGCCAUCAUUGGACAGAAGGAUCUGCUGCCCUCUGGAAGUGUCAGUGCAUGUACCUCAGUCAUGAUUCAAGUGGAGGCAAACAUGCGCAACUCAAAGUAUGAAGCAGACAUUGAGUUCAUCACAACCGAGGAGUGGAAAGAUGAGUUGUGGUCAAUGUAUCAGUUUCUUGGAGAUAAAGCACAUCCGGACGAAGAUGAUGGCGAUGAUGAUGACAAUGAUGAUGAUGAUGAUGAUGAUUAUCGUGACAUUGCUGAAAAGCUGUCAGCGCUGUAUGAUGAAUGGAAAAACAAAUCCCCUGAAAUCCUCGUGGACAACAAAUACUUCAGAGAAAUUCCAGAGUUCCUCCAGUCCAGGAAGAAGACUCUGACGUGUGAAUCGGCCAAAGAGCUAUCUGCAAAAUUAGUCAAAUACACAAGAAGUGAGUUCAGUGACAGACAAGGUAAAGAAGUACCGAGGUGUUAUUGGCCACUGGUGAAGUGUGUGACUGUCAAGGUGCCAAAUAAUGAUCUUCUCCAACACGUCACACUGGUGGACCUUCCUGGAAACGGUGACCGCAACAAGAGCAGAGAUAAAAUGUGGAAAGGGAUUGUUGGAGACUGUUCUACUGUGUGGAUCGUGACUGAAAUCAAUCGAGCAGCAGCAGAGAAAGAACCCUGGGAGAUCUUGAAAAGUGCCAGUAGUCUCAUGGGAAACGGUGGCAAGUGUCAGCAAAUCCACUUCAUCUGCACCAAGUCUGAUCUCAUUGAAGAUCCAGAUGAUCAUUCAACAGCUGAUAUUCAUGCUCGCAUAUUUCAAAGAAACAUGGAAGUCAAGGAGGUAGUGAGGAAAGAAUUCCACAAACUAAACAAGGUUAAGAAACACUUCCAAGAUGACUGCCUCGAGGUGUUCACAGUGAGCUCCAAAGAGUUCCUGAAAGGAAAACGUCUGAAUCCAGAGGACACUGAAAUACCAAAACUUCAGGAUUUUUUGCAAGAUCUCAAUGACUGUCACUCAGAGACGUUAAACUAUGUGUCUGGAGCUUUUGGGAUUCUCUCUUUGAUGCAUGGUGCCAGCCGUAGAGAAGUGGCUGGCAAAAAACCAGAAGUGUGCACAGACCUUGAAAAAAACAUGAGGCGUGAACUCAUCAGAGUCAGAAAACCCAUGGCAGAGGCUUACGACAUGUUUGAAAAGUGCCUCAAAGAGGGGGUUCAAACAUCCAGAACUUCAUGUGACAAAACCUUGAAGUCCAUGUUACAGCCUAGAGGGAAAAAAGGUGGCGCGUUUCACAAGACACUGAAAUCUAUUGUGGAGAACGGUGGCGUCUACAAACCAAAGAAAGGGAAACAAAUAAACUUCAACAUGAAGUUAGCAUCAUAUCUGAUGAACAGCAUUGAUGAGGAAUUCAGGAAUACCUUCCCAAAUGAAGAAAAAUGGGGAUCAUUCAACGGCGUCAUCACAAAGUUUUCCCUGGACACAGAGAGGCUGAUUCAGGAGAACCAAAGCCUCAAACUGCAGCUGACAUUUCUCAGUACAGAGGAAGAAAACAUUAAGACAAAACUGAAGGAAAUCAUCUGGGUCAAUAAGAAAGCAAUCUACAACAGUCUGACAGAGACGAUCGAGGAAAAAAUGCUGCCGUGCUAUAAGAAAGCAGCAGCAUUUAGUGGAGAUCAAACACUGAAAUACAUGAGAGACACUAUCGCAGAACAUGUACGUGUCUCAAAGAACACGAUGUUUGAGGAGGCUAAAGCUGUCAUGUUGAACCAGCUGAACGUCUUGAAGGAGAAAAUCCUGAAGACGCUGCAGGAAACCAUGAAGGAAUCCAUUGAGCUCUCACUGAAGACAGAUGACAACUCAAUCCCAGAUGUUCCAGAAGAACUUGAGAAGGUGAAGAAAUACUACGAUGAACUGAAGCGCAGCUCAAAAGAACUGGACAUAGCAUUCAGAUAAAACCUCAAAUGUAAGUCCAAUGUUUCCUAAAGAGCCGUGACGAUGAACUGUUUUUGUCCUAAAUAAUGUCAAUCACACCUUGAAUUACAGCAGAGCUGAUGCACAGGAACAUCUGAGUGAAGCUGCUGCUGAAAGCUGAACAGUUUUCAUCACGCUGUUGAAACAGACGCU